AUGGAUACUAUCCAUAAUCUCACUCAACAAUAUUCGAAUAUCCAGUUAGAGGAGGAGGAGGAGGAAAUUGGACUGGUCUAUGGAAAUGCUCUCGCGACAGAAACCACUCUUGAUGAUCGAUUCUGUUUGGUUGGGAAGUUUCUUACUACAAGAUCUAUUGACUUUGAUGCUAUGCAACACAUGAUCGCUUCCCUAUGGCAGCCAGGGAGGGGUAUGUUCGCCAAGGAGUUAGACUCAAAUCGUUAUUUAUUUCAGUUCUAUCAUGAAUUGGACAUCCAGAGAGUUAUUGACAGGAGCCCAUGGAUGUUCAAUAAUUCUCUACUGGUGAUGGCACGUUUAAAACAGGGGGAGGAUCCUAAGCUAGUCCCGCUAAAUCGGAUCGACAUAUGGGUUCAAUUACAUGACCUUCGACCAGGAUUUUUUUCACAGCGAGUGGUCAAGGAUGCGGGGAAUGUCAUUGGGACUUUUAUGGAAUCUGACCCCAAGAACUUUGACGGGAUGUGGCGGUCAUAUUUGCGGGUGAGAGUGAGUAUUGUUGUGGACAAACCAUUACAACGCAGAAUGAAGAUGAGAAUGGAGGGAGGUGAGCUGUUCUGGGUUAACUUCAAGUAUGAACAUAUACCUACCUUCUGCUUCAUAUGUGGAUUGUUGGGUCAUUCCGAGAGGUUCUGUCCUAAACUAUUUGAUAUCCCGGCCGAACAAGAGGUGAAACCGUACGGAGCAUGGAUGAGAGCUCUACCUAGGCGUCGGAAUCACCAAAUCGACACGAAGUGGUUGAGGCCGUUCAUGGGAGGAUCUGCUCCGCGAGAGGGCGGUUUCGAGGGGUCGCCGGAGGUUGGGCAAACAGAGAUCAUUGACCCUCUUUCUUCGGCUGCAAUCGUGGGCGGAAAAUCAGGGAUUGCAAUAUUGAGUAGCUCCAAUUUAGGAAAAAAUGGACAGGAGAGGAGUUAUGGGGAAGAUAACUCUCCGUAG